CUCUGGAAGGACCUUCAAGUGGCGAUCCCUGGCUCUGCUCACUUCGACGUCGAGGGCUCUUACCGCUCACUGGUGUGGUGUGUGAGUUCUGGUUCCCCGGUGCGCGGACCCCAGCCUUGCCCACACUUCGACUCCAUUUCGACGAACUCGGCUCUGCUGAAGAAGACCGAUCAUGACUAGCAGGAGCAGCAAGUACAUGUACAAGAGCAGCGGAGGCGCUGGAGAUAUCUCCAUCGAAUAUGGCACCGACCUCGGCGCACUCACCAGGCUUGAGGACAAGCUCCGCCUGCUUCAAGAGGACCUCGAGUCCGAACGGGAGCUCAGGCAAAGGAUCGAGCGCGAGAAGUCGGACCUGACGGUGCAGCUGAUGCAGCUGAGCGACCGGCUGGAAGAAGCCGAGGGCUCCUCGGAGACUGUGGUCGAGAUGAACAAGAAGCGAGACACCGAGCUGUCCAAGCUGCGCAAGCUGCUUGAGGAUGUGCACUUGGAGAGCGAGGAGACCGCGCACCACCUGCGCAAGAAGCACCAGGAGGCCGUCGCAGAGAUGCAGGAACAGAUGGACCUCAUGACCAAGGCCAAGAGCAAGGCCGAGAAGGAGAGGCAGAAGUUCCAGGCCGAAGUUUACGAACUCUUGGCUCAGGUGGAAAACACGAACAAGGAGAAGAUCACGAUCCAGAAGACCGUGGAGAAGCUGGAGCACACCGUGUACGAGCUGAACAUCCGCAUCGAGGAACUGAACCGCACCGUCACCGAGGUGACGGCCCAGAGGACCCGCCUUAGUGCUGAGAACGCCGAGUACCUCAAGGAGGUGCACGAACUCAAGGUCUCGCUGGACAACGUCAACCACAUCAAGAGUCAGCUCGCCACCCAACUCGAGGACACCCGCCGCCGCCUUGAAGAUGAGGAAAGGAAACGCGCCAGCCUGGAAUCUUCGCUGCACACUCUUGAGGUCGAGAUCGAGUCCCUCAAGGUUCAGCUGGAAGAAGAAUCCGAGGCUAGGCUCGAAGUCGAGAGGCAGCUAGUCAAGGCCAACGCUGACGCCGCCGCUUACAAGACCAAGUAUGAGACCGAAGUCCAGGCCCACGCUGACGAAGUCGAGGAACUCAGGCGCAAGAUGGCUCAGAAGAUUUCGGAGUACGAAGAGCAGCUCGAGGCCCUGCUGACGCGCUGCAGCAACCUGGAGAAGCAGAAGUCGCGCCUCCAGAGCGAAGUCGAGGUACUCAUCAUGGACUUGGAGAAGGCUACCGCGCAUGCACAGAACCUGGAGAAGCGUGUCGCUCAGCUCGAGAAGCUCAACAUCGACCUCAAGUCCAAGGUGGAAGAGCUCACCAUCCUGCUGGAGCAGAGCCAGCGCGAGCUGCGCCAGAAGGUGGCUGAAAUCCAGAAGCUGCAGCACGAGUACGAGAAGAUGCGCGAACAGCGGGACGCCCUCCAGCGGGAGAACAAGAAGCUCGUCGACGACCUGUCCGAGGCUAAGAGCCAACUGGCCGACGCCAUCCGCCGGCUGCACGAGUACGAGCUGGAGAUUAAGCGGCUGGAGAACGAGCGCGACGAGCUGGCUGCCGCCUACAAGGAGGCCGAGACCCUGCGCAAGCAGGAGGAAGCCAAGUGCCAGAGGCUCACCGCCGAGCUCGCUCAGGUGCGCCACGAGUACGAGCGCCGCCUCCAGAUCAAGGAAGAGGAGAUCGAAGCCCUGCGCAAGCAGUACCAGCUGGAAGUGGAGCAGCUCAACAUGCGCCUUGCCGAGGCCGAGGCCAAGCUCAAGACGGAGAUCGCUCGCAUCAAGAAGAAGUACCAGGCCCAGAUCACUGAGCUGGAAAUGUCAUUGGACGCUGCCAACAAGCAGAACAUGGACCUCCAGAAGAUCAUCAAGAAGCAGGCCAUCCAAAUCACCGAGCUGCAGGCCCACUACGACGAGGUUCACCGCCAACUGCAGCAAUGCGCCGACCAGCUUGCCAUUUCCCAGCGCCGCUGCCAGGGACUGCAGGCCGAACUGGACGAACAGCGCGUGGCUCUCGAAUCCGCUCUGCGCUCCAAGCGGGCCGCCGAGCAGUCCCUGGAGGAGUCGCAGGCACGCGUGAACGAACUGACCACCAUCAACGUGAACAUUGCUGCAGCCAAGAACAAGCUGGAGAGCGAACUCUCCGCGCUGCAGGCAGACUACGACGAGCUGCACAAGGAGCUCAGGGUGGUUGACGAACGUUGCCAGCGCACGAUUGUUGAGCUUAAGAGCACCAAGGACAUUCUGGUGGAAGAACAGGAGCGCUACAUCAAGGUCGAGUCUAUCAAGAAGUCCCUCGAGGUCGAAGUCCGCAACCUUCAGGUGCGCCUGGAGGAAGUGGAAGCGAACGCCCUGGCCGGAGGCAAGCGUGUCAUCGCCAAGCUCGAGGCUAGGAUCCGCGAUAUUGAGAUCGAGUUUGAGGAAGAGAAGAAGCGCCACGCUGAGACGCAGAAGAUUCUGCGCAAGAAGGACCACCGCGCCAAGGAGCUGCUGCUCCAGACCGAAGAGGACCACAAGACCAUCACCAUGCUCAACGACGCCGUCGAGAAGCUCAACGAGAAGGUCAAGGUCUACAAGCGACAGCUCAACGAACAGGAGGGUCUGAGCCAGCAGAACCUGACCCGUGUGCGCCGCUUCCAACGCGAACUGGAGGCGGCCGAAGACCGUGCCGACUCCGCCGAGAGCAACCUGUCCCUGAUUCGCGCCAAGCACCGCUCCUGGGUGACCACCAGCACGGUUCCCGGUGGCACCAGGCAGGUCUUCGUUACCGAGGAGUCCAGCCAGAACUUCUAAGCCUAACGACGAUCCCGAGCGACAGCAAGCACCCUGGCCGCCACAGCAUGCAACGUCCGCAACGGCGCAGACCUUAUACAACGCCGUUCCCGAAAGAGUCUAACCGCUACAAUAAACAGACACCAGGGUUGCUA